GGCCAAAAGCCCUCCCCAUUUUAAGGACGAUUCCUACAAAUACCAAUCUUUAACCCCAAGGGAAAUAAAACCAGCUCCUGAAGACAAACCAACGUGGCAGCGUUAUCCCCUUUUGCAUGAUGUUAAGGUAGAGAAGCAUUUGGGAUUGGGGGGGAGGAGGGGAUUCGGCAUUUGUGCAAAAGCAGGGAAUAAUCAGUUCAGAUGCUUUGCAUCUUUUGUGUUGGCUGCUUGGGAUGAGCCUGGGUUUAAGCUAACAAUGAUUCCAAGGACUGGUACUUCUGAUUUUUUACCAUCUUCAAUGGGUACAAAUGCAGGUCUUCUCUUUCUGCUUUUAAAGAAAUUUAAAUUAUUGCUGGAUUUGGGAAUUUAGACAAGACAUAGUACUUUCUCUCCCCUCCCCCUUGGUUGACUCUGGGAUCGUUUCUGGGAUAUUUUUUCCACAUUCAACGCAGAAAACAGGAGGAAUGAACCGGCAGCUAGUGAACAUUUUGACAGCCUUGUUUGCCUUUUUCUUAGAGACACACUACUUCAGGACGUCUUUCUGUAAAGAACAUGAUUCCAGAUCUGGGAAAUCCCCUUCACAGACACUGUCUCCUUCAGAUUUUUUGGACAAAUUAAUGGGACGGACAUCAGGUUAUGAUGCACGAAUAAGGCCAAAUUUUAAAGGUCCUCCAGUAAACGUUACUUGCAAUAUUUUUAUCAACAGUUUUGGAUCAGUCACAGAAACCACAAUGGACUACAGAGUGAACAUUUUUUUGAGGCAGCAGUGGAACGACUCACGUCUUGCCUACAGUGAAUACCCUGAUGACUCCUUGGAUUUGGACCCAUCUAUGUUGGACUCUAUUUGGAAACCUGAUUUAUUCUUUGCCAAUGAAAAGGGAGCCAACUUCCAUGAUGUUACCACAGACAACAAGCUGCUGAGAAUUUCCAAGAAUGGGAAAGUGCUAUAUAGUAUCAGGCUAACGCUAACCUUAUCUUGUCCCAUGGACCUGAAGAACUUUCCCAUGGAUGUACAAACGUGCACAAUGCAACUAGAGAGCUUUGGCUACACCAUGAAUGAUUUGAUCUUUGAGUGGAUGAGUGAUGGCCCAGUGCAAGUAGCAGAAGGGUUAACUCUGCCACAGUUUAUUUUGAAAGAAGAGAAGGAACUUGGCUAUUGCACAAAGCAUUACAAUACUGGAAAAUUUACAUGCAUUGAAGUAAAGUUUCAUUUGGAGCGUCAGAUGGGAUAUUAUUUAAUCCAGAUGUACAUUCCUAGCCUGCUGAUCGUCAUUUUGUCCUGGGUUUCCUUCUGGAUCAACAUGGAUGCUGCUCCAGCCAGAGUUGCCUUGGGCAUCACCACAGUCCUGACAAUGACCACUCAGAGUUCAGGCUCCAGAGCUUCUCUUCCAAAAGUCUCCUAUGUAAAAGCGAUUGACAUCUGGAUGGCGGUGUGUCUUCUCUUUGUGUUUGCUGCACUGCUUGAAUAUGCAGCAGUGAAUUUUGUGUCAAGGCAACACAAAGAAUUUCUGAGGCUUCGCCGAAGGCAAAGGAGGCAAAAUAAGGCACAGACUGUGACUGUUGGGAAUGAAAGUGUCGAGUCGGUACGGCGCGUGAAUGGCUUGAGGAUAAAAGAGUCAUCAACAUACGGGACAGUGAAUCAGAUCUGCAAUCCCAGUUUCAGGGAAGAAGAUGCUACUCGUGAUAGUCGGUUUAAUUUUGGCUAUGGGAUGGGUCACUGUCUACAGGUCAAAGAUGGUGCUGCAGUCAAGGCCACGCCUCCAAAUCCUCCACUGCCCCCACCACCAAAGGAUUCAGAUUCCAUCAAAAAGAAGUUUGUCGACCGUGCCAAAAGGAUUGAUACAAUAUCCCGUGCUGCAUUCCCACUUGCCUUUCUCAUCUUCAACAUAUUUUACUGGAUUACAUACAAAAUUAUACGCCAUGAGGAUAUUCACAAAAAAUAACUCUGUACGAGCUGGGAACCUCUAGCCAAAGUGACUCACUUGUAAAUAGAGAGUGAAAUGUCUUUUCUGUCAUUGGGACUGAGGUUUUGUUGUCUUGUGAUAACUAAAAAGGGGG